AUGCGUUCCUCACUUCGUUUCCUCGCGGCGGUCUCACACACCCGGCCCUCCAAGCUGAAGAAACCUUCUAUCAGUCUAGACCAUUUUAUCCAGAGACAGCGGGUGUUGUCAUUCUGGCGGGAAAUCAUGCGAGCAUUAAUAAAGGUGCCACCUUCGUCAACACGGACUGAGCUACACAGAUAUGCACGUGAUGAAUUCGAACGCCAUCGAAAUGUAUCGGAUCUGCAACACAUAAGAUACUUGCUUUCGACAGGCAAAUCAGAGUUCGAGACGAUGAGGCGGUAUAUUGACGAACAGAUCGCUGGUUGA